AACCAGUUGCCUCUUCGGUAUUUCCGUUUCCGUGUAAACAAAACAACAUGGCAGCCCACGUAGGUACUGGCAUGGAGAUUUCGAGUUUUACUUUUAUAGCUUAGCAUUUCUAAACUCGACAGUAUGAACGACUCAAAUUGUCAGCGUGCUGCUCUAAAGUUCUAUUGCACCGCAGGGAACGGCAUGGAGCCUUUCCUGAUUCAGGAGGUGAAGACCAAACUUGCAGCCAAAGAUGUGGAUCACAUCCCUGGAAAAGUGUUCUUCACCACCUCUUUUGAAAUAAAGCAAGUGAGGGAGCUGAAAUCUGCAGAGAGGCUGUUUCUACUUCUAAAGCGACUCUCGGCCCCUACAGCUAAAACACCAUCUGGUAUCCAGUCAAGGCUCAUGGGUGAUGGAAGUGACUGGACCAGAGCUGUGUUGUCAUGGAGAUGCCUGCAGAGAGACCUGAUGAUGAGAAGCGACUGUACCUUGAGCCUGGCCCUACCAGGGAGGAAGAGGAAGAUGGAGGAAGAGAGUGGUGUUGAGGGGUCAACUUGUAACGGACCAAAUGGAACACAGAAGCUGGGACUAGGGGGGGAGAGACGAGAAUUAGGACUAAGCAAGGAUCACAUUUCAUCAACAGAAGACUCUGGAAGUGUAAACUGUGUUGCAGGGGACAAAGAUGAAGAGAACCGUAUAGAAGGCAGCUGUGACAGAAAGACAUCCACAGUGUCUUUCAGAGUGAACUGUCGGUGCAGUGGGGCCCUGUCCAGACUUUUCUCUCCCCAGGAUCUGAGUAGGAUCAUUGGAACUGCGGCGAGCAGACAGCUGGGCUGGAGAGUGGACCUGAGGAAACCAGAUCUGGAGGUGAAUGUGUAUAUGAGUGAUGACCACUGUGUCCUCGGGAUACCUCUCCUCAGGCUUCCUUUAGCCAACCGGAGUUAUAUGAAGACUACUGGGCUGAGAUCCACUAUAGCCUGGGCCAUGGCCUCUCUGUCAGACAUCAAGCCUGGCUCUUGUGUGAUAGACCCGAUGUGUGGAGUGGGAACUAUUCUACUGGAAGCUGCACAUGAAUAUCAGGAUGCCUUUUUCCUGGGUCUGGACAUUGAUGAGUCUCAGUUGGUGAAAGCUGAUCAGAAUGUGGAGUUUGCAAAGUUUGGGGAUAGGGUGCAGCUGCUGCAGGCAUCAUCUAAGGAGAUUCCACUGCCUUCCUGUAGUGUGGAUGUCGUUGUCUGUGACGUCCCUUUUGGGAAGAAGUUUGGCACCAAGACUGACAUGGCUGCCUCUCUUCCAGUGAUUGUGAGAGAGAUGGAAAGAGUUCUCCGUGUGGGUGGGACCCUGGUUUUGCUGCUUAGUCCCCAGCUCUCCUGCCUGCUGAAGAAAAGCAUGACCCCCAGACCAGUAACCUCACACACCCAGGGAGAGGGGACUGGGGUGGGAUUAGGAGGGGAUGUGGAUCCCUCCCAUACCCCAAGCCUUUUCCCCUCACUGCAGACCCUAAGCUACCACAGAGUGAGCCUGGGAGCUAUAGAUGCUCUUAUUCACAAGUAUGUCAAGAUUCUGACUGCUACUACCACACUCAGUGGACCUCACUGUAUACACACACUCAACCCCUGCAUAGUGGAGCCCGAGUGAGACUUUUAGGAGAUGGAUACACUGGAUUCAAGAGACAUUCACACACACUUCAAAGACAAUACCACCUGUGAAACACAGAACAUCACUGUAUCAAUUUGGCAUGGUUAGAAUUUUACCGACAUGUACUGUACUACCACAAAAUGAAGAGAAAUGCUUAAAUGUCAUAGAAUGGCAAACCCAAA